CCGGUGCGCACUGCAGGUCCUCCCGGCCGCUAGGCGGCGCUGCAGCAGCGGCAGCCACUCCGCGCCGCGCUCUGUGGUCCCGUGACGUCACUUCCGGGAGGCGCGGAGGCGAGGCCGCGCCCUGCCGCAGCACCAUGUCCUCCGAAUCCAGCAAGAAGAGGAAGCCCAAGGUGAUCCGCACGGACGGGGCCCCAGCCGAGGGCAAGAGGGGCAAGGGCGACACGGACCAGGAGACACAAACACUCCUCUGGAGAGUGAGCACAAAGCUGGAAGAUCCCUCAGGGAUUUGCAUGGUGCCUUCAAACCCUCCCGAUGUCAGGUACUACAGCGAGGAGAGCGAGGUGGAUCUGCGAGACCCCAUCAAGGACUACGAGCUCUACAGGGAGACCUGCCAGGAGCUCCAGAGGCUCAUGGCAGAGAUCCAGGAGCUGAAGAGCCGGGGCAUCAAGGAAAAUGCGUCGGAGAUCGACGAGCGGCGCGUGCAGAGCUGUGUGCACUUCAUGACCCUGAAGAAGCUGAACCGCCUGGCCCACAUCCGGCUGAAGAAGGGCAGGGACCAGACCCACGAGGCAAAGCAGAAGGUUGAUGCAUAUCACCUGCAGCUCCAGAACCUGCUCUACGAGGUGAUGCACCUGCAGAAAGAGAUCACCAAGUGCCUGGAAUUCAAAUCCAAACACGAGGAGAUCGAGCUGGUGAGCCUGGAGGAGUUCUACAAAGAGGCCCCCCCUGAAAUCAGCCGCCCUGCCAUCACCCUGACCGAGCCCCACCAGCAGACCCUGGCCCGCCUGGACUGGGAGCUGGAGCAGCGCAAGAGGCUAGCAGAGAAAUACAAGGAGUGCCUGACCAGCAAGGAGAAGAUCUUGAAGGAGAUUGAAGUGAAGAAGGAAUAUCUGAGCAGCCUCCAGCCUCGACUCAACAGCAUCAUGCAGGCCUCCCUGCCUGUGCAGGAGUACCUGUUCAUGCCCUUCGACCAGGCUCACAAGCAGUACGAGACCGCCCGGCACCUCCCGCCGCCUCUCUACGUCCUCUUCGUCCAAGCCAGUGCCUACGGACAGGCCUGUGAUAAGAAGUUGGUGGUGGCCAUUGAAGGGAGCGUGGAGGAAGCCAAGGCCCUUUAUAAGCCACCUGAGGACUCGCAGGAUGAUGAGAGCGAUUCCGACGCAGAGGAGGAGCAAACCACGAAGCGGCGCAGGCCCACCCUGGGCGUGCAGCUGGACGAUAAACGCAAGGAGAUGCUAAAGAGACACCCCUUGUCUGUCACCUUGGACCUGAAGUGCAAAGACGACAACGUGCUUCACCUGACCUUCCACUACCUGAUGAACCUCAACGUGAUGACAGUGAAAGCCAAGGUGACCACUGCCAUGGAGAUGACCACGGCCAUCAGUGCUGGGGACCUGCUCUCCCCAGACUCCCUCCUCAACUGCCUCUAUCCAGGGGACCACGGGAGGAAAACGCCCAACCCGGCCAACCAGUUCCAGUUUGAUAAAGUGGGCAUCCUGACCCUGAGUGACUACGUGACAGAGCUGGGACACCCCUAUGUGUGGGUGCAGAAGCUGGGUGGCCUGCAUUUCCCCAAGGAUCAGCCUCAGCACACAGUGGCUGCUGACAAUUCCCUGAGUGCCAGCCACAUGGAGCUGACUGUCAAGCUGCUCCGGAGCCGCCUGCAGUCCCGCCUGGCCCUGCACAAGCAGUUUGCAUCCCUCGAGCACGGCGUUGUGCCGGUGUCCAGCGAGUGCCAGCAGCUCUUCCCGACCAAAAUCGUCUCGCGCCUGGUGAAGUGGACUGCCAUUCCCUACGAGGAUUAUGCUGAGCUGCCCUACACUAAAGAUGUGAUAGAGGCUGGCUUGGCUGAAGACACUCACCUCUACUACAUGGCCCUGAUAGAGAGGGGAACAGCCAAGCUGCAGGCGGCCGUGGUGCUGAACCCCGGGUAUUCCACGCUGCCUCCCGUCUUCAGCCUGUGCCUGAACUGGAAGGGAGAGCGCAACAGCAGCAACGACGACAACAUUCGGGCCAUGGAGAGCGAGGUCAAUGUCUACUACAAGGAGCUGUGGGGGCCCAAACCGGGCUACCAGCUGCUGACCAACCAGCUGCAGCGCCUGUGCAUGGUGCUGGAUGUGUACCUGGAGACAGAGCCCCACGAUCCCAGCGUGGAGGGGCCCAAGGAGUUCCCCCAGGAGAAGAUGUGUCUGCGCCUGGUCAGGGGUCCCCUGCGCCUGAAACCCUUCAAGUUCAACUACCCCCAGGGGUUCUUCAGCCAUCGCUGAGCAGCCCUGGGCCGCACUCUGGGAUGGGACUCGUUCACUCUGUGGGAGGAGUGCUCCCAUCCUGACCUUUCUGCUCCUUUUACAAUAUUUUGGGCUUUGUUUGAAGGUUUUGUAGUCAAAGGGAUUAAACUGAGCUAAAGAAAAAACUGCAUGGGUGGCCUAGUCUGUGCAGAGGGGCUGGGAUGAGGGAUCCGUGAGGGCUGCAGCAAGCCUUGUGUGCCAGCCCUGGGCUCUGACAGCCUUUCCAGGGAUGCUCCCUGCCUCCUGCCUUCCCUCCCCACCACAGGGACUGGGGAGCUGAGAUGGCUAAAAACUGAGGUGGCUAAAAAUAGCCCUUUUCCAGAGCCCGCACUGCAGCCCCAGCCUGUCCUUGCCGGCUGGCUGCCAUCCCACUCAGCACAAUCCUGCAUGCUGGGGGGCUUCUCUGCUCCCUGGGCUUGGAGGGGAGCAGAGCAGGGUCCUGGGAGAGGCAGGAGGAGGGUUGGGACACCUGGCUUGUCCUGGUUGGCAUCAGGGAGUUGGGAUGUGCCCCCUCCCCUGCACUGCUCUGUGUGGGGGUCCCAGACUGGCAGAGCUGGGGUUCCAUCCCCCCUCCAAAGGUCACUGUCCCUCCUUCAUCCCAGCCUGUCUCCCCUGGGAGUGACUUCUCCCCCAGGAGGUGUGAGAGCCCCUCUCCUGCUCCCCCCAGCCCCUGCCCUCGGUGCAGUGCUGCAGUGCCGGGCUGUGCCGCAGCCCUCGGGUUAAACCAGGCUCUCCCAGUCCCUUGGGAACCAUGCUUUAGAAAAAGGAGGGGAAAAAACACACUGAAAUCCUUUGGAAAGCGUGGCAGGGCUGGCCCUGUUUCCAUCCUCAGGACACAGGGCCCUCCGUGCCUGCUGUGGGGGGUGUUUCCCCUCUGGAAAACCUCGUGUCACCCACCCCAGCCCUGGGGUCUCUAGAUCCCAGAUCUAGAUAGAUCCCAGCCCCACAUUCCCAGCCUCUUUCCCUGCCUUCUCCCCAGGACAAGCCAGCAGAGCCAGGGUGUCUCUGUAAGCACUUUUUAUUUGGUUAUUGCACAGAAAGCAAAGAUCAGUGGGCUGAGGUUCCUGGUGCACCGUGUGUGUCUGUGAGCAUUCCAGCAGCUCCCAGCCUCUCCCACCUCUGCCCAGAGGGACUGUCACCCCCCAGGGCAGGGCAGGACCCCGCCAGCCCCCCCAAGCAGCUACAGCUCUGCAUUGCACUCAUCCAUCCAUUGCACAUACAUUAAAUAAAUGCACUUAGAGGAGAAGGGUGGUGGGGUUCCCCUGGGGGUCCCCCUCUUCUCCUGGGUUAUAAUUCAAGUGUUUAAAUGUGGCGCUCGGCGAAUAUCACGUUCUGCGAGGGAAGCAGUCGCCCACCCGAGGGGCUCUCACGGGCCUAUUGCUAAGGGAAAGCCUGGCCUGGGGGGCCCUGGGGGUCCCUGGGGUCCCACCCUGGGCCCA